CGGACCUCCGCUCUGCGACUUCCUCUCUCACCGCUGCGACUUCCUCUCUUUCGCCGCAGCUUCUUCCUCUCUCGCCGCCGCAACUCCUCUCUCGCCGCCGCUGCUCUAGCCACCUCUGACUUGAUUAGUUGGUGAAAUUGAUUGUGAAGGUUUGGAUCGAGAGGUUAAGAAAAUGGGGAAGGAAAGUAAGCUGGGUUCGAAAAAGAAAAGACGAAGGGAAAAAGGGAGUCAAGUUGAUGCAAACAAUGAUGAUCAGAACCAAGCAGAUGAACAUGCAGAUAAUGAGAUGACACAUUUGGAGGAGAUUUAUCAUUUGAACUUGUGCCCAGAGCACAAGGGACUAAAGAAGGAGAAGAAAAUUAAGCCGAGUUUGAAGAAGAAAGGGAGACAGGAAAAAGGAAAUGAAGUUGAUGCUAGUAAUGAGGAGAAAAUUGAGGCAGAUGAACAUGCAGUUGAUGAAAUUGAUUGUGAAGGUUUGGAUCGCGGGGAUAAGAGAAUGGAGAAGGAAAGUAAGUUGGGUUUGAAAAAGAAAAGAAGGGGAAAAGGGAGUCAAGCUGAUGCAAACAAUGAAGAUCAAAUCCAUGCAGAUGAGCAUGCAGAUAAUGAGAUGACACAUUCUCGCAGCAGACACAAAAAGAAUUAUGAUAAAAGAUCGACCCGCUCUCAAACAUCGAGGGAGGAUGGAAAUCCUGAAAAACCCGCGGGAACCAACAACAGAACUAAAAUAAAAGCUAAGAAGGUGAACAAAGAAAUGAAGCAUAAGAAGAAAAAUUCUGAUAUUGUUAAGGAACCAAAAUCAGAAGAAACACUUGAAGUUGAUGAAGAAAAGGUUGAAGAGAUCCCAUCAGUUGAUGAAGAUUGUUCACAAGGAAUGAAAAAAUGGCUUAUUAAAUACAAGGAUAGCAGACCUGGUUUGAAGAUUCUUCAAGAUAGAAUUGAUGACUUCAUGGCUGCCUAUGAAGAGCAACAGGAACAGGAAAAGAAAGAACGAGAAGCUCUUGCUGCAGAAGGGGGAUGGACUGUUGUUGCGCAUCAAAAAGGCAGAAAGAAAACAACUGAUACAGAAUCUGGUGUUACUGUGGGAUCUGUUGCGCAGGCUGCUGUGGUGGAUAAAAUGGGCAAAAAGAAGAGUAAAGAAGCUCCUCUAGAUUUUUACAGGUUUCAGAAACGUGAAGCCAAGAGGAACGAGGUUAUGAUGCUCCAGAGUAAAUUUGAGCAGGACAAGAAACGGAUACAACAGCUUCGGGCUGCAAGAAAAUUUCGUCCUUAUUGAAAAACUUUGCAAAACUUCCAGAAAAUUUCUUUUGAAUAAGUUUAUUUUUCAACAGUUUCAAUCUCAAGUAGUAUUCUCAAUUUGUGCGAUUUUGUAUCUGUAUCAUUUUUGAAGAUUAUGUAGAUUGCUUUGUUGGAAAUGUAGGAAGACUGAGACAUAGUUCAAUAGUUUUCUUCUUUAUUUU